AUGGCGGACGAGGGCGCCGUCACGGUGUGCGUGCGAGUGCGGCCGCUCAUCUCCAGAGAAAAUGCCUCAGAUAAAGUGUCCCUGCACUGGACAAGUGAGAAUAAUACUGUUUCCGACGUGAGUGGUACCAAAACGUUUAGUUACGAUCGUGUCUUUCACUCAAGUGACAACACUCAGCAGUUGUAUGAUGGUGUAGCUGUUCCAAUUAUACAGUCAGCUGUGCGAGGCUAUAAUGGCACAAUUUUUGCUUAUGGACAGACUGCUUCAGGGAAGACUUACACAAUGAUGGGGAAUGAAGAUUCUGUGGGCAUUAUCCCUAAGGCAAUUCAACAUGUGUUCAAAAUUAUUUGUGAGAUUCCAGACAGAGAAUUCCUGCUAAGGGUUUCAUACAUGGAAAUCUACAAUGAAACAAUUACUGAUUUGCUUUGCGAUAAUAGGAAAAAGAAGCCACUGGGAAUUCGUGAGGAUGUUAAUAGGAAUACAUAUGUAGAAGAUCUGAUUGAAGAAGUGGUGGUUGCCCCAGAACAAGUUAUGGAAUGGAUCAGAAAAGGAGAAAGAAAUCGCCAUUAUGGAGAAACAAAAAUGAAUGAACACAGCAGCCGUUCUCACACUAUCUUCAGAAUGAUCAUUGAAAGCAGAGAACGAAGUGACCCUGCAAAUGCAAACUGUGAUGGAGCAGUCAUGGUUUCCCACUUGAACUUGGUAGAUCUGGCAGGCAGUGAAAGAGCUAGUCAAACAGGAUCUGAAGGUGUUCGACUGAAGGAAGGCUGCAAUAUAAAUCGGAGCUUGUUCAUUCUGGGUCAAGUUAUCAAAAAACUUUGUGAUGACCCCUCUGGCUUCAUAAAUUACAGAGACAGCAAGCUGACUCGAAUUCUGCAGAACUCCCUUGGAGGAAAUGCUAAAACAGUUAUUAUUUGUACAAUUACUCCUGUUUCUUUUGAUGAGACACUCAGCACUCUUCAGUUUGCCAAUACAGCCAAAGGAAUGAAGAAUACACCAAAAGUCAAUGAAGUUCUUGAUGAUGAUGCCCUCCUGAAAAGAUACCGCAAAGAAAUUCUGGACUUGAAAAAGCAGCUGGAGGAAGUGUCUUCAAAAACUCAGAUUCAUGCAAUGGAAAAGGACCAACUGGCCCAGCUGUUGGAAGAAAAAAAUUCUCUUCAAAAAGUACAGGAGGACAGAAUACGAAACUUAACUGAGAUGCUGGUGACUUCUGCUUCCUUUGCCUCAAAAGAGAAAGUUAAAGCCAAGAGAAGAAGAAGAGUUACUUGGGCUCCUGGUAAAAUAAACCAGGCAAACGUGAGCUUUUUUGAAGACUUUGAAAAUGCAAUGCCAACUGAAACAAAAAAAAUGAAGUUGUCUCUGCCAGCAGUACCAGAUGUGGAGGAUUCUACCUUAGAGAAUUCUGGGUAUGACAGCCAUUGGCUGAUGGUUCCAGAUCAAAUUUCAGAAGAAGCUUGGAUUGCUGGUCCUAACAUGAAUUGGACCCAGAAAGACUUUGAAGAAUCUGUGCAACUCUGUGAAGAAUUAGCACUAGAAAAGGAUAUUGCUGUAAACAAGGUCAACGUCCUGCAAGCUGACUUUGAUAAUCUAGUGCUGGAAAAUGAGCAGUUGAAGUCAGAAAUAAAUGAACUGAAAGAGAGACUGAAGGAAAAAACAGAAAUAGAUGAAUUUGAAGCACUGGAAAAGCAAACACAAAAAGAUCAUGAGAUUCAACUAAUGCAUGAAAUUACCAACUUAAAGAAUCUAAUUUCAAAUGCUGAAGUGUACAAUGAGGAACUUGAGGCAGAAAUAAAUUCCAAACUGGAACAGCUGAAGGAGAAAGAGAACAAAAUAAAAACAUUACAGAAUCGUGUGGAAGAACUACAAAAAGCAGAAGUGGAAAGAAAGGAGACGUCUUUUGCACUGGGAGAUUGUGAUAAACUAACUGAAAAAAUUCAGCAGCUGAAUAAAUCCCUCUUAGACAGUGAAACCAUAGCCUUGGAUGCCAAAAAAGAAUCUGCUUUUCUCAGAAGUGAAAAUUUGGAGUUGAAGGAGAAAAUGAAUGAACUCUUAAAUGACCAUAACCAAAUGCAAAAGGAUGUCCAGUUAUAUCAAAGCCAAAUAGAAGCGGGAAAAGCCAGUUACCGAAAAAUGCAAGCUGACUUGCAGAGAGAGCUGCAAUCUUUAUUUCAAGAAAACACAAGACUAACUUCACUGAUGGAGGGUAAAGUUCCAAAAGAUUUGCUUUCUCAUGUGGAGCUGGAAAAAAAGGCAGCUGACUUAAAAGGAGAACUAGAAAAUGCUUUGAAAGAGAAUGCACUUCUACAGAAACAAGUAAAUGAGCUAUCAGAAUUUCAAUCGCUACCAAAUACAGUUGAGAUACAAAAGAAAGAGAUUGUUGAAAAAUGUGAGGAGUUACGCUUAUUAAAACUGGAAAAUGAAAAGCUGCUUUCUGAAGUAGCUGCUAAUGAAAUAAGACUUAAACAUAUGUCUGAAGAAAUUGAAAAAUCAAAAGACAAUCUCACAGAUGUACAAUUGAAAUAUACAAAGUGUGAUGAGGAAUAUGUAGCACUUAAACAGCUCCAUGAAGAAAUAGAACAAAAAUACACUGCUGCAUCAGAAACUAAUGAACAAAUGAAGCUCCAAAUAGAAUGCCUAUCUAAAGAAGCACAAGAGUCUAAAACAAUUUUGGAUGAAGUGAAAUUAGAGCUCUCUAGCAAAAUGAAAGAACUGGAAGAGAAAGAAGCAGAGCAAAAACAACUUCUUGAGCUAAGAGAAAGUCUUGUUCAGACUCAGCAGAAGUUAAACGAACUGGAGCAAUUAAAAGAGAAGGAAAGGAUUAGUGAAGUGAGACUGGAGGCCAAAGACUUGGAGAUCCAGGCAGUCUUGCAGCAGCUUACAGAAUGUCAGGAAGAAAUAAAAACUCUAACCCAGGAAAGAGAUGACCUGAAGCAAAAAGAGGAGUUUCUCCAAGCUGAAACAGAGCAAGUCAGAGAGGAUAUAAAGGACACUGUUUCCAUGAACAUCUUGGCACAUGAAGAUUUGAGAAAUACACAGAAUUCUCUGAAGGAAUCCCAAAAAACUGUCAAGAAGUUGGAACAAACUGUUUCUGAAAAAGAAUCUCAGAUUCUGAGUGUGGAAGAGGCACUAGGGAAAACCAUUAAAGAACUCCAAAUACAGAUCUCAGAAAUGACAGAAGAAAUGAAAAUCAUCACAUCAGAGAGAGAUCAGCUUCAGGUGCAAAAGGAACAAAUCACAGGAAACCACUGUAGCAGGAAACCACUGGGGCUCACUGAAGUCACUGAAAAGCUGACUCGUGUCUCAGCUGAGUAUGGCGACCUCGUGGCAGAAAAGCAGCAAACUGAAAGGGCAAUGAGUGAGCAGCUUGAGAGAAUCACUUCACUUAGCAAGGAGAAGGAUGAGCUUCAGCACCUGGUAGAGACUUGUAAGGAAAGGGAAGAACACUUGUUACAGGUUCAGAGGCAGUCAGAGACUUUGAAGGACAGCCUGACAAACAAGAUUCAACAGUUAACUGAGACAUUAAAUAGUGUCUCAUGUGAGAAGGACCUGUUAUUAGCUGAAAGAACCAAUCACUCUUUACAACUUAAAGAACAAAUCUCAUUGGUUAAUCAAGAAAAAGAUGAGCUACAAAAACUUCUUCAGGAUGUCAGGUCUGAGCGGGACCAGCUCAAGACAGAAUUACAAAGAAAUUCUGAGAUGGCAAAACUGGAAGAUGCUUUAGAACAAAUGAAGCAGAGAAACCUGAACAAUAUGUCCAUUCAGGUAAACCCAGUGGAUAUUGCAGAGCAGGUGGCCAAUGACAGCUUGACAGACAAAACAUUGAAAAUUAAGGAGCUUCUUGAGAAAUUCCCAAGCAUGGGGAAGAGAUAUGAAUGUCUCUCUACAGUGUCUCUUAAGCUGAAGAGUGAACUGAACAGUCAGAGAGCACUGCUAGCUGUGAUACUGCCUCAGCUUCCACUGGAGCAGAGUAAACAAGUGAAAAUGCUUCAAACUAAAAAUGAGAAUAUUAACACUGGUCUCCAGAAAUUAUUGACCAAAUUGAAGCUUCUCUUCAGCGCUGUUUGCACAAAGAGAAGAGAAUAUCACACUACUGUUCACAAGUAUGAAAUGGAAUUGCUGGAGGAAAAGAGAAAACAAGAUCACCUACAGUCCCAGAUUCAGUGUCUCAGGAAGAUUAAUUUGAAGCAGAAUGAAGUAUCAUCUCAAGAGUUAAACAGCUGUGAAGGACUGCAGAGUUUCUGUUUGGAUGCAGAGAGCAUUCUCAAAGAUGUAUCAGAAAUGGAAAAUGAACUUCUCUGCAUAGAAGCAGAGUUAGACCAGGAAGCAAGUGCUAGAAAAGAAACAAUACAGUUCUGGGAAGUUUGUUCAGAAACUCACUGGGAUACAGAGGAAUUGAAAGAAGAACUAAAGAAAGAUAAUGAAAGACUCCUGCAAAUCUUUCAGUUCUGGACUCCUAAAGUGAAGAUGCUCCUUGAACUUUCUUCAGAACUGGAUGCCAGAACUGCUGAUUAUAGUAAAAAUGCUGAUGUUGAAUUAAAACAGAGAAAAGAGAAAAAUGAAAAGUUGCUUCAGGAUCUAAACACUCUAAAAGAAAAACUGGCCCCUGGUGGCUCUGCCAGUCUGGCAUUAGAAGAAGAAAAUUAUAGGCUUCAUAAUAAAUUAAAGGCUGCAGAACAAGAUAAAAAGGCUAUGGAAGUAAAAAUUCAGAAGUUAGAAAAUGUAAUAAAUGAAGUGGGAGAAAGUAUCAAAGAGAGAGAUGACAGGAUAAGCAAGUUACAAGCACAGAUGAGAAUAAGAACAAAGACAAGUGAGCUCACCCAACUGCAAGCCAAACUGAAUGAGAUGGAUAAUUGCCUCAGGACUGCCUUAACAGAGAAACAGAGUCUUCAGGCAAAAUUAGAUGAAGGUGCUGAGCUGUACAAAGAAGAAAUUGACCAUCUCAAAACACAAUUGGUAAAAUGUGAUCUGGAAAGAAUGAAACAAUCCAACUUCUUUGAAAGGAAACUUGCUAAUUAUGAAGCCCUUGCAGAACACCAAGAACAGCAGUUAACAAAGCUGAAAGAAGAACUGAGGAGAGCAUACCAAGAGCAAGAUGUUACUGUGCUGAAAGAAGCAGAUCCUCAGCAACCCCAAAAACCCCUUACCUGUGGUGGUGGCAGUGGUAUUGUGCAGAGCACACAAAUACUUGUUCUAAAAUCUGAACAAGCCAAGCUACAGAAAGAGAACUUGCAGCUGAAGAAACAAAAUGACCUUCUGUUGAGUAAAGAACUUCAACUGAAAGAAGAAGUCAGGAAAUGGAAAGAAAGAGCACUAAAAUGGAGAGAAAAAUCCUCAAGAGAAACUACUCGAGAGACAAUACCAAAGUCUCCUAAGAAGGCAGUGUCAUACUUCUUUAAAGAGCAAACACCUUCACCCUGCAAGGAAACUGUUUCUCAGGAAACAGUGACUCAGGACCUACCAAAACCUCUAAAUCCGACUCGUCCGACAAAUUUCUUUGAUAAUUCCAACUUGGGUGUGCUAACAGAUGCACGACCUGAGGGCAGAGAGUCCACAGAAGAACAUCUGAGGCACUUCUUUGGGACUCCAGGCAGAGAUAAAGCCCCUGACUGCAAAACCCAGUAAAGAUGCUCUGUUGUAAGCUGUCCUUACAGUGCCUACAGCCAGGAUCUGCAUAUACAAAAGAAAAUUGCUUCAGGUUAAAAACCAUCAGCUGCUUCCAUCUUUGCUGUCUUGGAGUUUCUACUUCUCACAGCUGGGAAAGCUGGAAUAUGAGUACAAAGAUGGAAAACCAGAUGUUUCCCCACAACCUGCUAAGCUGCUGAUGUUCGACUUUGGCGUUUUGGUGUGGAUUUUUUUAAUAGGAAAGGGAAGCUAAUGUAUUGAAAAAAAAAGGGAAAAGGAAUGGAUCACAAACUAAUCUACUGUGAAACUUCUCAGUCUCAAAGUUUUCAUUCUGUCAUUCCUAAACCAGCCCUUUUCUGAGGUGUUGAUAUUUCUAUCUUCAGAGUGCUGUUGACUUGGCAAGAAAUAUUCUUUGUUUCUUAGCAUGUGGUUUUUAUACCAUAUAUUCUUUGGGCCAAGAAAAACCACGUUUUCACAACAAUCUUGACUUCUUAGGUCACUGCAACCGAAGUUACUGAUCUUGUGUUUGUAGAGCACACAAUCAAGGGUUUCUCUUAAAGUCCUUAAAAGUUUCUGCAGCUCAGCCAAUUAUGGUUUAGUGAGUAACUUUGAAUUUUGCAUCAUUUUUCAAUAUACCUGUCUGACGUUGUCUAAUUGCACUUUUUUAAAAUAGGAAGCAAUGGACUGCGCACUUUUCUGCUUCUCUAGCGAAGGGAAAACAAACCAGAUCAUUGGGGCAAG